UUUUGCUAAUAUGAAAUAUCUCCCUCUCUCUUCUCUUUUGCAGCUGUGGCAAUGGAGUCUGCAUCUCUAAAGCAUGUAAUCUUUACAAGAAAUCAGUACAGUAUCUUCUCGAAGAAUCAAAGAAAACACCACCCACUCAUCCCAAAAACUCAUGUUAGGAGAAGAUUGGGCUUUGGCAGCGUCAAAAACUACAAAAAAUCAGAUUUUCAAGAUUUUCAGGGCUAUGCAAAACCUUUGCAUCUUUUGCCAGCAACAGAAGUGAAAGUUUGUACAGAAACCUCACAAGAAAAGCUUCUUACAUCUAUCAAAGGAUCUUGGUCUUUGUUCAAGGUUAAGCUAUGUACGAGUAAUGUCUAUGGCUCAAGUCUGAGUGAUCCUAAUGCUGGAAUACUCUUAUGUUUGAUAGACAGGAAUGGUGACUCAAUAUUGCGCAGAAUACCUGCAAUUUCGGAGUCCAAUUCUGCUAACUUGAUGGACAUGGUUGAGUCUGACACACUUCAUUUCCAAAGAGGUUCAGUUGAUGAAUUCACCUUUGAGGGCCCCAAGAUGGGGAGGAUCGAAUCUCUUUGGGUCAGUGUUGAAUCAGGUCAGUGGAGAUUAGAUGGUGCGAGCCUGACUGUCAUUAGUGCUUCUCAAGCUUCCCCUGAAGAAAAUGAUGGACAGGAGAUCCGGUAUACUGGUUGCCAGUAUGAGUUUGAAACUGAUGAUGUUUUGCUUGGGGAGGGAAGUGACAUAUCCAUGGUGGAACUUAGAUCUUGCCAUGUAUCUGAUUUAUCUGGGGUUGAUCCAUCCACAUUGUUGAGUAAAAGCCCUUCCAUGUCAACUUCCCCACCUGGCAGCAACGUUUCUAACGAGGAAAGCAUGAGAGAAUAUGCGGACUUGAAGUUAUCUUUGUUAUCCUAUGAUGCAAUGCUAAUUUUUGUGGGUACAACAAUAACAGGUUUCUCAGCUGGAGAAAAUGCUGCUUUUGCUUUCUUUAUCGGUGGAAUUGGUGGCUUUUUAUAUUUGUUGCUGCUACAAAGGUCUGUCGAUGGAUUACCAGCUUCAUCAAUUCCCAGCAAUACCAGUGGGAUCGAUCGCCUAGUUGGAGGACUUAAGGGUCCAAUAUCAAGCUUGGCACUGGCCGUAGGGUUUACUUUUCUAGCAGUGAAGUAUAGCUCUGGCGAUGCUCCCUCAGUGUUCACUCCAAAAGAACUUCUGGCUGGAAUGUUGGGGUUUCUUGCGUGUAAAGUGGCUGUAGUAGUGGCAGCAUUUAAGCCUAUGAAACUGGAUUUCAAGGAAAAUGAGUAAUGUAUUUCAUUUUCCUUUUGUAUAGAGUUGGAAACCUAUAGUUCGUACAGAACCUAAUGGGAAACACUGAAGUGCGUGUAAACAUAGGAAAUAUUUGUUCGUGUUUAUUCUUCUCAUCUGAACGUAAAUGAUACAGAAGUUACUAAGAAAGGAUGAAUCAUUGGACUACAAA